AUGCAUCCACAUGCUUCCCGCCGCGACCGGACACCCCGAGGACCAGUUCCUCAAAGCCCUAAUCACAACAUAGCUCCUCCCAACGCCAUGCUCGAGAUUGCUGCCUCUCAACCUUACACCACCGUCCACCCUCCCCGCUUCAACUCUUUCGUCCCCGACGCUCAAAUGCUAUUCCACGUCCUCGGAAUCUGCGACCAGCUAAUGCUCACCACCACCCAGUUUCUCCGAUCUUCUCCUUCCUGGCUCCCGAUCGUCUCACAGCUCUACAUCUCUCUCCUCUGGAACUUCACCAUCCUUCGCAACUUCUCCUUAGCCUCCUUUAACGGCCGCUUCUUCGACAUCACUCCGAUCAUCCCCGAGUUCACAUCCUUAUGGAACGCUUCAGCGUUUCAUAUAAACGCUGAUUACGCUAGACAGAUCCCUAUACCAGCCAUAAUCCUCGACCAGCUUCACCACUUCGCCACCAGCGACGACACUGACAGCUUUCAGUUUCAAUGGUACGGUAACGUCUUCUCUCAAAGCAUUCAAGAAUACGAACCGCAUGGUCCACAACUCUGCGGUUCACUAUUCUCCACACCUCAGCAAACCGCCUCUGCUCGCGCCUUCUGGAGCUCCGUCUUCGUCGGUGCGACACGUGUCAACGCCGCCGGUGAAACCGCUCCAUUCACUUCGAUUCUAAACCUCUUCGGUUUCGAGAAUUCUCAAACCAACUGGUUCCAGUACACAUGCAUUGUCAUGCAUAACUAUUCAAAGUACGACUACGGUUCUGUCCCCUUGAGCUCGAUUCUCCCGACCGAACUCGGUGCUGUCGCCGUAAGAGGCGCCCCUUCGAUCAACGAAGCAACUCGAAGCUUUCUCUACCCAACCGACGCCGAGAUCGAGCCGUUCACUUCGUCGAGAUUCAAUCCUCGCCGUCAAAUACCGUUAGCAAUGUCAGUCACUUUUAAGCAUUGUGAAAAUGACGGGCUUGGUGAAGAAGUCGAACGUUAUGCUAUUGUGGCUCACACUAACCUUCGGUGGCCUCUUGAGAAUGGUGAUCAGAACGAGUGGACUCGCGUUAACUCGUGUGUAACUCAUAGAGGAGAUGUUUGGUCGUUAAUGUGCCAUCGUUUCUCAAACCCAGUAGUCAGUCUUCACUUGCAAUUAGGUCAAGUCCUCGUUUCACGCUAUCAUUUGCACGAGCUUUAUCUUAUAUAUUAA